UAUAUUUUUCUGCUUCCACUCGCUCGCGCUCUGAGCAGCAACAGCAUUAAAUAAGUGAAGCCUUUAACAGACACUCAGGCAGCCGCAACAUCGUCCGCAGCGAGCGCACACACACUGACACAAGUCGCGUGGGCUGUCAGGACGCCGACGCCAUCUGUUCUCGCCCACUCUGGACACGCUGCAAUCAAGACUGCUUUUAAGAUUAUCUAUUUAGGCAAUUUUAAUCAGAAUUACCAUAUUCUCUUCGCCCUGAAUAGACUACAUAUUGUAGUGCGUUGACACGGAUGCUCUAUUAGGCUAAUCUGAUGCCUCUUUGGCUGGGGAAAAUACUCCGGAGGUACAUUUGUAUCCAUAACAAUUGUCACCGAGAGUGGCUGACUGGUCGUCCUCUGUCAUCUUGAAGUUGUUUUAUUGAGCAUCCUACAGACUGUGAAUUGUGAUGUACUUGUGCCAUGGUCACGCUAGUUCCCCAAGGUGAGGAGAGGGAUUGAGUUGGAGAGAUUUUUUAACGCGGAGGGAGUUGUUGUGGCUCACGGAGACCAGGAGGAGAGAGACAACCGUCGGCGCUAAUAACACCUUCUGCAUCAGAACCGUCUCGGUUUCUUCCAUAUAUGGCACACCACUAAAACUGGACCCUUGGAUUAAUUUUACAGAAUACCUGUCAACGAGAAUAUAUCUGUUUUAAAUUCCCUGUAAUAGACUUCAAUCAGGUCGAGGUGUCUCACUGCGGUUGAACCCCCUACCAAGGCUAAGGUUGCGGUUUUAUCGUUUGGACCAUUUUAAUAGGCUACUAUAUUUCCCUCUCGGGUGGAUUGUUUGACCAUCUCGGACGACCCCAAAUGUGCGAUGGCUGAGCAGUGAGAGCUCGGUGGGAUCUGCUUUGGUCUUCCUGCACAGUAGCAUGGCCCCGUCCCGACGGCACUGCGGAUGGGAGAUGACGCCUCUGUCGGUAUGCCUGCUCCUGUCCAUCUUGAUGUUUCAGCCUGCGCUAGCCAAGGUCUGCAACGACUAUACGAGGCACGGUCAGGACAACAGCUGGUUCUCGGGGGAUAAUGAAAAGUUGCCCAUCAUGGUGCUCAUGCCGAUGAACGAGUCGGCGCUGAUGAGCAGCAUUAGUCAGGGCAUCGAGCCCGCAGUUCAACUGGCCAUACAACAUAUAAAAGAGUCACGGAAUUACAAGUUUUCACUCAUCACCAAAAUCUACGACACCGAGUGUGACAACGCCAAGGGAUUGAGGGCCUUCUUUGAUGCCAUAUGCUACGGACCCAAACACCUGAUGAUCUUUGGAGGGGUGUGUCCGUCCGUGACGUCCAUCAUUGCUGAGUCACUGGAGGGGUGGAACCUGGUGCAGCUCUCCUUUGCGGCAACAACCCCGGUUCUGGCCGACAAGAAGAAGUACCCCAACUUCUUCCGGACGGUUCCGUCAGACAACGCAGUGAACCCAGCAGUGGUCAAGUUCCUCAACUUCUACCACUGGAGCCGUGUGGGGACCCUCACACAGGAUGUCCAGAGGUUCUCAGAGGUGAGGAAUGACUUGACCAAUGAGCUGGAGAAGGCAGACAUCCAGAUUGCUGACACCGAGAGCUUCUCCAACGACCCCUGUGUCAAUGUCAAGAAGCUCAAGGAUAAUGAUGUGAGGAUCAUUAUCGGACAGUUUGAUGAGAAUCUGGCCUCCAAAGUAUUCUGCUGUGCGUACAACCUGAACAUGUAUGGUAGUAAGUACCAGUGGAUCAUACCAGGCUGGUACCAGGGGAACUGGUGGGAGCAGGCCAACUCCACCAACUGCACCACCAGGAAGCUGCUGACCGCUAUGGAGGGAUACAUCGCUGUGGACUUUGAACCGCUCAGCGCCAAACAGGUCAAGGGCAUCUCUGGAAGGACACCUAAGGAGUAUGAGAGGGAGUACAGUAAAGAGCUGCAGCAGAAGGGAGUGGAGCCCUCAAAGUAUCACGGAUUCGCCUACGACGGGAUCUGGGUAAUAGCUAAGACCCUGACCCGCGUCAUGGAUUUACUGCAGCACAAGGAGAGGCAGGACAUGUACCACAACCUCACUGUGGACGACCGUGAGGUGGGCAAGCUGGUGCUGGACGUCAUGAACGAAACCAACUUCUAUGGCGUCACGGGCCAAGUCAUGUUCAGGAACGGAGAACGGAUGGGCACGAUCAAAUUCACACAGUUUCAAGAGGGUCAGGAGGUGAAGGUCGGAGAGUACAAUGCUAUUGCUGAUGUCCUGGACCUUAUUAACAACACCAUGAGGUUCCAAGGGGUGGAGCCUCCUAAGGACCGUACGUUUGUGCGUCUGCAGCGUCGCAACAUCAACGUACCCCUCUACAGCAUCCUGUCUGUUAUCACCAUCCUGGGCAUGCUCAUGGCAGGGGCCUUCCUCUUCUUCAACAUCAAAAACCGCAACCACAGACUGAUCAAGAUGUCCAGUCCCUACAUGAACAACCUCAUCAUUCUGGGAGGAAUGCUGUCCUACUCCUCCAUCUUCCUCUUUGGCCUGGAUGGCGCCUUGGUGUCCGACAAAGAGUUUGAGGCCCUGUGCACCGUGCGAACGUGGAUCCUCAUCGUAGGGUAUACGACAGCGUUCGGCGCCAUGUUCGCCAAGACCUGGAGAGUCCACGCGAUCUUCAAGAAUGUCAAGAUGAAGAAAAAGAUUAUCAAGGACCAGAAGCUGCUGAUCAUUGUUGGUGGGAUGCUGCUGAUUGACCUAUGCAUCCUCAUAUGCUGGCAGAUCGUUGACCCGCUGAAGAGGACCGUGGAGGAGUACAGCUUGGAGGCGGACCCCCAGGGGCAGGACAUAGCCAUCCGGCCCUUCCUGGAACACUGUGAGAACACACACAUGACCAUUUGGCUGGGGAUUGUCUACGCUUACAAGGGCCUGCUUAUGUUGUUUGGUUGUUUCCUGGCCUGGGAGACGAGGAACGUGAGCAUCCCGGCCCUGAAUGACAGCAAGUACAUCGGGAUGAGUGUGUACAACGUGGGCAUCAUGUGUAUCAUCGGGGCGGCCGUGUCCUUCCUCACGCGAGACCAGCCCAAUGUGCAGUUCUGCAUCGUGGCUCUGGUCAUCAUCUUUUGCAGCACGAUCACUCUCUGUCUGGUGUUUGUGCCAAAGUUCAUCACGAUGAGGACCAAUCCGGACGCUGCCACUCAGAAUCGGAGGUUAAAGUUCAAUACGAACCAGAAGAAAGAGGACUCCAAGAUGUCCACGUCAGUGACGAGUGUGAACCAGGCCAACACGUCCAGACUGGACGGCCUGCAGACCGACAACCACCGCCUCCGUAUGAAGAUAACAGAGUUGGAUAAGGAACUGGAGGAGGUGACCAUGCAGCUGCAGGACACCCCAGAGAAGACCCCGUACAUCAAGCAGAACCACUACGGAGACGUCAACAACAUCCUCAGCAUACGCAACUUUACCGACGGCAAAGAGGGGGAGAAAUCGAUACUGAAGAAUCAUCUUGAGCAGAAGCCUCAGGCUCAGUGGGGCUCCAUGGACCCUUCCAGAAUAAACAGAGGUCCUCUGGAGGAUAUCAACUCACCUGAACACAUACAGCGCAGGCUGUCGUUGCAGCUGCCCAUCCUGCACCAUGCCUACCUACCCUCCAUAGGGGGGGUGGACGCCAGCUGUACCAGCCCCAACGCCAGCCCCAGCUCCAGCCCGCGGCACAGACACAUGCCGCCGUCCUACCGGGUCAUGGUCUCAGGCCUGUGAGCAUCAGUCGCCCCUGGCGCUACCAAGAAAGACAUCCGUGUAAAAAACAACAACAAGCAGACUGUGACUGAGGUCAUCAGCGAUAGUGGAAUAUAAUGUGUGUUGGACCAGGGAGGGGGAAGUUUGAUCCACUCUUCAUGCCUCGGUCUCUAGAUCCCCUCUCUAGAACCAUGGGUCGGGGAAAGGGGAGAGGGCACAGAGGACCUUACAAACGAUGACACAUCCACAGCUACAACCCCCCCCCCCCCCCUUCCCCCCAGGCAGCAGAGGACCAGACCUGACCAGUAGCGUAUCUGCUUCGGAAGGUUUUAUGUUGUUGUUGUUUUUCUUUUGCCAUACACUUGACUAUGUGUGAACUUGUCAAAACUUGAGUAUUUCGCUACUUCAAUGCCUAGAAGGUGUUAGGUGUUACUAUAGGAACAAAGGAGUUCCAGAUCGGACUGAUGUAGAAUUCAUCAAAAUUCACCAUUGUGAACAAACAUGUAAAUAUCAUACUGACUUUGACUUACCGUAAGCUUUGAUUGAGUAUGCUGUCAAUUAAUAUAUGGGGGGAUGGGGGGCAGGUCUGUAUCAGCGUAGGUCCUUAAAAACUCAUAUAAAAACUUAAAAACUGGCAUCCUACAAAGCAAAAUGUAAGACAAAUUGGUUUGUGUAAUAUUACUGCCUCAUUGUAGUAUGUUAAUUAUGUUAAAUGGAUUGGCCAUUGGCAAGAAGUAAGGCACCAGCGGCCAAUUCUUUUAACUUUCACACAGCUUAUUUUCCACUUUGCUAAAUUUGCACCAUUCGUUUUUCUUUAAGAUUAUACUAUCUUGUUUCAUAGGUUUUUAAUGUGUUUCAACUACCAUAGUUUAAUUUGUCUCCAAACAAGCAUGACAUGCUACAGUACAGGUUAAUUAUGGGCUUAGUGGGCAACAGAACCAAACAGAAUAGAUUUCCAGGAACUAAUAGUAAUGUGACUCUAUGUACAGUACAACAUGAACACAAACAAAUAGUCACCUACACAAACACAGAAAGAUACACACCUUUAGGUAAAGUGCUCACCAUAUUCUAGUGGUGUUAGGUGUCCUGACAAGGCUUUGCCAAAGAUCAGUCUGAAGACCAGCAAGCUUCCAUUACAACGGGUUGGUCUUCGCCCCACCAGUGUAAAUGGUCCAGAAACUGUCAUGUCACUCUAUGUAGGGAGUGGGGACCACCCAACGCAGCACCCAGAGCUCUGUUACCUCACUGUUGUGAGGCUGAAGGAGAGGCUUUGUAAUGACCAUAUUUUUCAUAAGUCAAUGAAAUAGGUGCAAGGUCAGGCAGCAUCAAAAGUGGUGCAAAACUGAGAUUAAAAACUCGGGAAGAAGUUCUGUUGACAAGCAAUAUAUGCAGAUAGUGAAGAGUGACAAGGAAGUGUGUUUGUCAGUUAGGUUCCAUUGGUAGUUUCGAAACAGUGAAAUUAAGUUUUAAGUUGUUUCAAUCAAUAAAUCUGAAUUUCAAUGACCAAAAUGGCAAGUGGAAGAUGCAUGUGAGCUGUAUGUGAACCCUAUCCAGGAGACCCCAGCACUGUCAGUCAACGAAACAAUGGCACCACAGACUGGGAGAGAAGCAUCUGUAUAUCGUGGCAGGUCUACUAUACAGUGAUGUUGUGAAAAAUCACCUGCCACUUAGCAACAGUGGAACAUAACUCAUAGUUGCUUUUAAAAUGUUUUUCUGUGUAGUCGGCCCAAAGGUCAUUUAUUGUUGUAAAAAGGGCCGUAGACAUAGCUAGCUAACGUUAUUUUAUUUGUACAACUGUUGUCACAAAAAAAACAUAAAAGUGGACAAAUCCAUGAAUAAGCUACGUAUCAUCAUUAGAAGUCUAAAUAGAUUUGUUUCAGCAUAUAUUUCACCAUUGGUGUCUUGGUUAAAAGACGUUUGUUGAGCACUGUGCCUGUAAUCUUAUCCUGUAGCCUGCAGGAGCCACAGUGUACAGCAGUUCCAGUAGGUAGUGCUGGUGGUGUGGGCUGGGCAAACUAAACUAAACAAGCAUCUGUAACACAUCUGUAAAUUGUACAAGCUGUCAUGAUUUCUUUCCCAUUCAACGCUCCAACUCCUGGGACAUACAGUACAGUGUGGGAUAGAUAGAUACAUUGGGGACAAUUCCACUCCAGAGAGUGGGCUGCUCUGUGAGCUGGACCUGGCAUCUGAACACUGAUGAUGUCUGUCAGCCACCGCAAAGAAGAAACCCAUUGGAGGACGAGCGAUGGGUAGAGGAGGAGCAGGUCUGCUAAUGGACACAUCCAUAUGUAACUCCUGUCUGAGCUCCCCCCCCUAGCCUGGAGCCAAUUGGGGCUAAGGAAACCCUGUCCAGAGCAGCAACACAGCAGCACAGACCUUCCAUGAAGCCAAAAGCUUAAGUGAGACACUGGGUCUGGUUGUUCAUUCAGAAAAAAACACAUUUUAUAUAUUACAUUAUAUGUGAUUCUGUUAAAUUUGCUGAUACCCUGAUGGUGUCGAUGUACGUAUGGAAUAUUUGGUAUUUGGCUUUCUCAAGAUGGCAUGAAAUAAAAUGUAUAUUCACAUAAGAGUAACCUCUGUUUUUGCAACUGUCAUGGCAAAUUCACUCUGUUCUUUCUUCUCACUCCAAGUCAGUUUUUUUUUAAAUGUUGUAUUUCUUUUUUACUUUGCUUUUAGUUCAGCAAACCUGUUGUUCCGCAGACUGGUCACAUUCUUCAAGAGUACAUCAUCAAUCCGUCAAUGUCAAAGCCACAAUUCUGUGAGAAAUCCCCCCCUAUACAAUAUAAUGUAAAUGACAUGCAGCAUUACACUUGCUGCAAGAUGCUGAGUGCCAUAAAAAUGUACAACACUUAAUAGCUUUGGCUAGCUAUAUCAGAACGAACCUAUAGAACGGUCAAUUACAUAUUUUUUAAAAUCCUUUCCCGGCACCUGUGUCACUUUUUAUUGUUAUUACAAAAUGCCAAAUGCUGGUUAUCAGGUAUUGUUACUUUGCUUUGCAAUGUGCCCUAAUUUUCUAUUAUUAAUUUAAAACAUUUCUCAACAUCUACAAAGUUAUUCAAAUGCAAUGUUGGUAAUUAAAGGGCUCAUAAUAACUCGUUUAUGCUAAUGUUCUGUAUUCCUCAGUUCUUCUGUUUCUUUCAGUUUAAAGGUGAAAGCACAUGUACAGUACCAAUCAAAAGUUUGGACACACAUACUCAUGAAAGGGUUUUUCUUUAUUUUUACUAUUUUCUACAUUGUAGAAUAAUAGUGAAGACAUCAAAACUAUGAAAUAACACAUAUGGAAUCAUGUAGUAACCAAAAAAGUGUUAAACAAAUCAAAAUAUAUUUUAGAUCUUAGAUUCUUCAAAGUAGCCACCCUUUUCCUUGAUGACAGCUUUGCACACUCUUGGCAUUCUCUCAACCAGCUUCACCUGGAAUGCUUUUCCAACAGUCUUGAAGGAGUUCCGAAAUAUGCUGAGCACUUGUUGGCCACCUCAAUUGGGUUGAGGUCGGGUGAUUGUGGAGGCCAGGUCAUCUGAUGCAGCACUCCAUCACUCUCCUUCUUGGUCAAAUAGCCCUUACACAGCAUGGAGAUGUGUUGGGUCAUUGUCCUGUUGAAAAACAAAUGAUAGUCCAACAACGCAAACCAGAUGGGAUGGCGUAUCGCUGCAGAAUGCUGUGGCAGCCAUGCUGGUUAAGUGUGCCUUGAAUUCUAAAUAAAUCACUGACAGUGAAAUCAGCAAAGCACCCCCACACCAUCACACCUCCUCCUACAUGGUUCACGGAGGGAACCACACAUGCAGAGACCAUACGUUCACCUACUCUGUGUCUCACAAAGGCACUGUGGUUGGAACCCAAAAUCUCAAAUUUGGACUCAUCAGACCAAAGGACAGAUUUCCACAGGUCUAAUGUCCAUUCAUCGUGUUUCUUGGCUUAAGCAAGUCUCUUCUUCUUAUUGGUGUCCUUUAGUCGUGGUUUCUUUACAGCAAUUCGACCAUGAAGGCCUGAUUCACACGGGCUCUUCUGAACAGUUAAUGUUGAGGUGUGUCUGUUACUUGAACUCUGUGAAGCAUUUAUUUGGGCUGCAAUUUCUGAGGCUAGUAACUCUAAUGAACUUAUCCUCUGCAGCAGAGGUAACUCUGGGUCUUCCUUUCUGUGGCAGUUUUCAUGAGAGCCAGUUUCAUCACAGCACUUGAUGGUCUUUGCGAAUGCACUUUCAAAGUUCUUGAAAUUUUCCUGAUUGACUGACCUUCAUGUAAUAACGUAAUGAUGGACUGUCAUUUCUCUUUACUUAUUUGAGCUGUUCUUGUCAUAAUAUGGACUUGGUCUUUUACCAAAUAGGGCUAUCUUCUGCAUACCACAACCUUCCUUUUCACAACACAAUUGAUUGGCUGAAACACAUUAAGAAGGAAAGAAAUUCCACAAAUUAACUUUUAACAAGGCACACCUGUUAAUUUAAAUGCAUUCCAGUUGACUAGCUCAUGAAGCUGGUUGAGAGAAUGCCAAGAGUGUGCAAAGCUGUCAUCAAGGCAAAGGGUGGCUACUUUGAAAAAUCUCAAAUCUCAAAUAUAUUUUGAUUUGUUUAACACUUUUUUGGUUACUACAUGAUUCCAUGUGUUAUUUCAUAGUUUGAAUGUUUUCACUAUUAUACUACAAUGUAGAACAUAGUAAAAAUAAAGAAAAACCCUUGAAUAGGUGUGUCCAAACUUUUGACUGGUACUGUAUAUAUAUAUUCAUAUAUUUGUAUAUAUUGUCAUUAGGGUUUCUGGAAAAUCUAUAUGUCCCAAAAUAUAAGAAUAUGAGAAAUAUAUAUAAAAUGAUUCAUUCUGUAACUGUUUUUGUCAAUUUCAUAUGUGGUAUACCAUACAAACAUUGUAGAAUUUAAGUUCAAUAAUAAAUAUUAACCUUAUUUUAAAUGAUAAAUAUAUGUAUGAGAGGGGCAAUAACCUGUUUUCUUAUUCCAGAAAGAUAGAGAACUAUAUAUACAAAUCUUUAUGUUCAUAAGAAAUCUUGACGUUCACAACACCCACAAUGAUACUUGGAACUCAAUGGAAACUUUUUUAUUUACAGUAUCUGUAACUAUGGUAUGUACAGUUGAGAUAGAUAUGAAAACUUGUAUAAAAUAAGUAUCACACUGGAACACAAGAACAUUUUGGAACCAUCGGUUGUUAUCGGGGGUUUUGAACAGCCUUCUUCUUUAAUAGUCUGAAUGUUAUGGACAGCCUUUACAUUUCACAUCAUCGUUAAAUAAAGUGAGACUGAAAAUAAAUCCAUAAAAUGUUUGUUUUGAUCUAUUAAAAAUGGAAAAUAGGUUAAAGAA